AUGGAGUUUAUUUUAGCACUGCAGUCUGCAUUGUUAGGCGACCCUGUUGCAAAACUUGACGAAGAGGCCAGAAGUAACUUGCGGAACCCUCCUCAUGAACCUCUGGAUAUCACCAAUCCCAUCAUUUGCCACUUGAUCUCAACCUACUAUGCUCUUGAGCACUCAUCACAGAGCACUUACAAAUGCAUUCAUUCUUCUACAGCAUGCACGUUCCCUGGUACAGAUGAGAUGCCCAGUUUCUAUAGGAUUGAACGCAUGAUUGCCGAGUACACUGGAGUUGAGUCUAUAACUCAUGACAUGUGUCUGACACAUGUAUUGCUUAUCACCGGUCCAUUUGCUGACCUCGACCACUGCCCUGUCUGCAACAAACAUUGGUAUGAUCAAAUUAAACUGCAGGCUAGCAGGGGCCAUAACAAAGUUGCCUGGAAAUUCCAUACCAUUCCUGCUGGACCACAGCUCCAGGCACUUUAUCAUGAUCACAAUAGUGCAAAAUGUAUGUGA